AAAACAUGUGGUUUUGAUAACGUAAACAUUGUAAAAUGGAGGUAUAUAUGAAGACGCGAAUUAAUGAAGAAGAAUUGAGAAAUUUAUCUCGUAAUGCAAAAGAUUAUGCUUUAUUGCAUGGAAUAGGUAUGCAUGUUAAAGAUAUACCAUUAGAUGCAGUUGUUCCUUUAUCUUGUACACUUUUACCAUCACCUUUUCCUGCAUAUUGGUUUGAUUAUGCUAAAAGCAUUCAAAUUGAUUUAAAUGCUGUAAUUCAUAAUGUGGCUUAUGAUGAUGAAUUUUUAAUAAAAAGUCUUAAAAGUACUGUUACAGUGGAUGAAUUUACUGCAAAAUUGUUUGAGAUAUAUCAGACUGUUCUUCAAGAAGGAACAAAUCAGGGCAUUAGUCUUGGAUUACUUCGUUCCGAUUAUUUAUUGAAUAUGAAAGAGAAUGAAAAAGAUUUAGGAUUGAAACAAGUGGAAAUAAAUACUAUUGCUUCUAGUUUUGGUGGAUUAUGCCCAAAACUACACACUCCAUCACUUCCAUGUAAUCCAGCAACAGAAGAGCUAGCUAAGGGAUUUUAUUUAGCCUGGGAAACAUAUGGAAAUAUUAAUGCUGUUUUGCUGUUUAUUGUUGAAGAAAUAACAUAUAAUAUUUGUGAUCAGAGGGCUUUAGAAUUUUGUAUUUCUGAAAAAUAUAGCCAUAAAGUUGUGGUGCUAAGACGUAAAUUUUCGGAACUAUACAAUACAGUCAGUAUUAAGAAUGGGAAGUUAUUUGUUCAAGAUUUUGAAGUUGCAGUUGUAUAUUAUCGCACAGGUUAUGAUCCAUCACAAUAUAAUGCAAAGGAUUGGGAAAUCAGACUCUUAAUAGAAAAAUCUAAAGCUAUUAAAUGUCCAUCAAUCCGAUAUCAUUUGGCUGGUACAAAAAAGAUUCAACAAGAACUAACAAAACCUGGAAUAUUGGAAAAAUUUCUCCCAAAUCUAUCAUCAGCAAGUAAAAUUAGAGAAAUAUUUGCAAAUCAGUACGCACUUGAUAUGAAUGAAGAUGGUAAUAAAGUUAUUAAAAUGGCUUUGGAAACUCCAGAAAAAUUUGUUUUAAAACCACAACGAGAAGGAGGAGGUCAUAAUGUUUAUGGUAAAAAUGUGAAGAAAGUAUUAGAAGAAAUAUAUUCAUCUAAAGAAAGAGAGGGUUAUAUUCUUAUGGAACUAAUCAAUUCACCAUCUGUAGAAAAUUAUAUCAUUCAGUGGAAUAAAGAUGCAAUUCCUUGUCAGGUUAUUUGUGAAUUAGGAAUAUUUGGAGUAAUUUUAGGAAGUAAAGAUUCAAUUCUACAUAAUUUUAAUGCUGGUUAUAUCUUACGAAGCAAAACUGUUGACUCAAAUGAAACGGGAAUUGCUGCUGGUUUUGGAGCAUUAGAUACACCAUUUUUAAAUUAAAAUUCCAAUAAGUUACAGUUCAGCAAGUCAUAUUAAUCCAGUGCCUAAAUAUUUCACUACCAAAAUUAUCUUUCAUAUUUUUUUGUAAAACAGUUCAUACAAUUGUAAAAAUAAAGAUUGUUUACAGCUAAA